CGAGAAUGGCGCUCUCACACGGAAUGGUAACGUUAGGGCGCUUCGCGCUUAUUCUCCUUCUGUGUCUAAAGUUGAUUUUCAUCUGCUUAAAUGUAGUCUCUUGUAUUGUAUUGGGUCACUGGACUUUCACGGUAGGAAUCUUGUUGAUCUUGUCGACCGUUACGCUACAUAUUGUCGGGAUGAUAUCAUUUGGCGAAGCGUGGACACUUGGGAAACGACAUUAUUACUCUUACACUUGGUUUGGGUAUACUGGUCUUUUAAUAGUGGACAUUAUGGUAGUACUUAAACCGUAUCUACUAGUCGUAGAUGCAGAGCAAUAUAUUCCAUUUUGGCCAACGACUUUUGUCAAAGUUCUUUAUAUCACACCAUUUACUUUGCUGCUCUUUUUGAACACUGCUGGCGAAGAAGGCACCGAAUUUCACGGAGAAUCUAGAUGGUUGAUUGUUACAAUGUCUGCACAAAUAUUCGACGCCAUCGAUAUGAUAGACAAUGUUUUGAACGAUUAUGGCAAUGGGACACCUACAGGACUUGGAGUGGGCAUGAUUACCCUUGCUUUUGGAUGUCUGUUGCUUGCAGCGUGGGAGUUUCUAGAACUAGCGCAUCACUCACCCGGAAGCCAAAACGGAGCGAAGGUCUAUCGACUUAUCGUGUUGAUUCUCGUUAGCCUGGCAACUUUGAUAAUUCGAGCGGUGGUUUAUGUUGAUUAUGGUUGGAGAGAAACGACGCCGAUCGUCAAGAAUGUAAUCGUGAUAUGUAUAUCAGUCUCGGAAUUACGCCGUUGCUUUGGUCAGACUUCUCUAUAAACAUAUCUGGAUGAGGUACAACUAGGCCCGGCUAAAUCAGAUAAUCUGGUUUCGUCUUUCGCUCUGACAAAGCGCUAACGUCAGCUUUAGAAACCUUUUACGGUGGCCAAUUUACAUUAUCAACUUUGUGGAUAAAACUAAAUUAUCUUGUUCUACCCUUCACCGACGCAGCACCAGAGUUCCUUUAGAAAGUUACUACCUUUAUUCAUAGGGCUUAAAUUGGCACUCCUGAGCCACACCGAUUAUUUUAGCAAAACGGUGAUCUUAAAUGGGGGCUUCCUCGAUCAAAAGCUGUCUAUUGAUAACUCACAAUUAGCAAUUACUCGUUGAUGCUGAGCAUUUCAUGAAUAAUCAAUACCGAGGUCGGUGUUAUUUGCCGAAGCCGAAGGCUGAGGCAGAAAAUACAGUGGCGAGGUUUGAUACUUCUUGAUAUCAUGCGAACACCGAAUUUAAUCAUUGUUUUAAUUACACAUUUUUAAAACAAUCUGCAGAAGAAGACACUCUCAGAGUUUGCAAAAGCUUGAGAACGCUACACGAGCGAGGGGCUUAGAAACUUGGCAGCCUUUGAACUUGAUAUCUGCAGCAGAUCCCUUGCGAACUGAAUUCCCAGAUUUCUGGGAAUUCCUAGGAAUUCUCAAAAAUUCCCAAUUAUGCAAAUGACCCUUGCAAACUGAAUUCCCAGUUUUCUGGGAAUUUCUGGGAAUUUCUGGGAAUUCCUAGGAAUUCCUAGGAAUUCCUAGGAAUUCUCAAAAAUUCCCAACUAUGCAAAUUAACUCUGAUUUAAAAAGCUUGGAAUUACUGGGAAUUUCUGGGAAAGGAAGACUCCAGUUUUGUGAGGACUUGGAAUCCCUAGGAAUUCCUCGGAAUUCUCAGCUUUACAAACUACCUAUAAUUUAAGAAGUGUGGAACUCUUGGGAAUUUCUGGGAAUUGAAUUUGAGGCAAUUUUAAUACCCUGAGGUCCACAUAAAUUCUAAGAAAUUCUCAAUACCUUGAAUGUGAAGGUUUUAAGAAAAAGAGUAAUUUCAGAGGCUUAAAACUUUGGCUCAAUAAAAGGUAUGGUAUACAAAACUUACCAAGAGAUAUACAUACAUGUACAUGUUUAUAACUUAAAGAUCAUGAAAUUUAUUACUCAAACUAAGUUUUAGUAAAUCUUUACAUUAAUAUGGAUUUUCUCAUGAACCAGCUGUCAGUUAUGUUAAAUGGAAAUUGCCAACUUCCACAAUAAUUAACAAUAAUUACAUUGUUAUCUUACUUCCCUAACCUACAUUACUGGUUGCCUUUGUUAGAAAACCUUGGAACAGUCAAGCUCAGUUGCCUCAAACGCUGUCAGAGACUUUUUGUUGACAAUACUUUUAGUAGAAAUUUCAUGCCUUAGACAAACAAAUUCAACACCUAAUUAAUCUUUCUUUUUUCAUGAUUGUUGUUGCUGCUUUUUUUCAGUUUUUUGCUCUAUUUUCAUGACUAAUUGCUGUAAUUUGUUUUGCUGUUUUUAUUCUUACAAAACAUUUUUGUAAGAGUUCCAAUACUUGUGGAUCAUCCACACACUUUGCAAACAUUUGGCAUGCAGACAAGACAGAGGUAGUCAAUGUUCCCUUUGAGAAAAAACACCUUUUAAAUGACGUCUUCAAUUUACUUUAUUUGAAACUCUGAUCUGAAAAUAUUUGUCCACAAGACUUGUUAGUAGUGAGAAGUACCAACCAAGUUUCCUUUCAUAACUUAAUUUCUUAAAUGUCCCAAUCACUGGAUCUCCCAAAAAAAUAUUACAUCUUUUUAUUUUUGGUGCAAAUUAAAAGUCCUUCUUUAUAUAAAAAUGAAAAGUGCUAGUCACACUUCAAUAAUAACAGCUCUUAAGUUUACUUGUUGUUCUUCUCUGUCUGUCAGCUAUCAACAAAAUUGUUUUCUACUUCGGGCAGUGCAUAACUAUUUGUGGACCAGAGUUCCAACGUACCUCUGUAAUCGCAUAUAGCUACUCCUGUCUCUUGUACAAAUGUUUCUCCUUUGUAAGACGCACUCUACUCUGUUAUCAAUACAGCUUUAAGUUCAGUGGAAACGACUGACUGAGGAAUCGAGAUGGCGGUGUUGGAACGUGUUGCUGAACGCUUGUUACGGUCAAGCUUUGUAGAUUUAGGUACUGGUACACUGGGAUCAUCUAUGUAUCUCUUACACUUCCGAAUGUGGUAUCCUUCUUUUAUAAAUAUGAGGGUAAAAGACGAUUUGUAGUCGCAUUCAAAACUGUGAUUGGCUUGUGUUAUUUCUCACCUUUGCCAUUAACACAACUCAAGAGAGUUUCGAGUCUUUGUUUCCUCGACAACUUUCGGCCACAAAUCGUGCAUUUGUAAUACGAUCGAUUCUUGUCGAUUAUUUCUACAUAGAGUGAGCUCACAUCUUUAUUUAUAUCACCAAGCUAUCCAUCUUCUAGAAGCAGAGAACCGGUUGGAGAAGUCAGAAUAAAGUUAGGCGCUUCUCCUAACACUGCAAUCGGCAAGCCAGCGGAUUCACUUUGCUAGCCAAUGACAAGUCCUAAAAGAUCCACGUGAUCAUGCCCGUGAUCGGAAACAAAGAAGACUCCAUUUGGCGCUCAUCUUUGAAUGUACUUUUCAUCGGUUGAUCGCUUUUCUCAAUUGUUUUGCUUAAUAUAACAUUUCUAAAGAUAGCUUUUAUUGUGGUUCAAUGGGAAAACGAGAAUAGCGUGAGUGUUGUAAAAGAGAAGAAAGUCGUUGGCGCCGUGGAGUUAAAAGAAGGGACAACAGUUGACAUAUGGACCGGUACAAACAAGGGUCGAGUGGCCAUCUGUAAAGCUACGAUUUUGAAAGUUUGUGGUGAGUAAAAAUUGCGAUAUUCGUUGUGAUCAAAAUCUUAUAAAAGAAUAGAUGUAGCGGGUUGAAUUAAGCUUACAUAACGCUCGGCGCAACUGAAACUAGAAUAAUUCUGAGAAUCGAAUCGGUCACUUGCAUGCCGCAGUUUCUUAAGCUUAUGCUUUACAAUGAAAUAAACCUAUCAGUAAGGUUUCAAGAUUCCUCUAGUCACGUUUGGGAACAUUCAAGAUUCAUAACAAACCUUAGUACAUAAAGAAGCCCUCCUUGGUAAAAACAAAAUAAUGUAUUCAGCCCUUUUUUAGUAAAAUCCAUGAGAGAGAUGUACUAACUCCAAUAUAAAAGUCACUCAAUAUAACAGAGAUUUCUCAAUUUGAGAAUCCAAUGAAUGCCCUUUUCCUCAUAGCCAUCUUAAAAGCCUGGUCUGAGCUUUAAACAUACAUAUUUUAAUAUAUUAUUUUUUUUCAAAUUCAGAUGUCAAGGAAUCCAGAUACAAAAUGGUCAAGGUUCUUGUUGACAACCUCAUUCAAGGCCAACUCAUUGUGAUCCCAGGAAAAAAAAUACAAACAGUACAAACAGCAGCUAAGUUUGCAGUUUAGGAUAACUUCAUUCUAAUUUAUUGUUACAGUUACAACAAGAUUUUAAUCAAAAAAUCAAUUUUAUUUGUCUGUAAUUAGCCCCUUCACUCCCAAGAAUAUAACUAUAUAAAUAUAACUUAAGAUAUUGUUUUUUAUGGAAAAGAAUCAACAGAUUUUAUUCACAAUUUGUGUCAAACCAAAUUUAAUGAUUGAUUAGAACUAUUUUAUAUGAAUAGCUGUAAUUGAGGAUUAAUCCGUAUGAAGUUUUCAAGAAAAGAAAAAUAAAUCAAAUUCCAUCCUAAUAUUACCACACAUUGAUGUUAAUAAUUAAUCAAAAAUAUUUUACAUGUAAGCCUUAAUUAAGCUUCUAAAUAAAUUUCAUUGAAUACUUGAAUUUUAGCUGGAUUUUUUUAAUUUAAAAUAUUUAUUUUAUAUCAUUAGCCUCAAAUUUUUGCUUAAAAUUCCCAGUAAUUCUUAAACAUUCCUAAAAAUUCCCAAAAAUUCCCAGAAAUUCCCAGAAAUUCCCAGAAAUUCCUAGGAAUUUUUUAGAUUUACAGCUUUUCAGGGAAAGUCAUUGGUUCUCUGAGUUGGAAUUCCUAGGAAUUCCUAGGAAUUCCAAGUCCUGUUGGCUAUAAACUUGGAAUUUCUGGGAAUUUCUGGGAAUUUCUGGGAAUUUCUGGGAAUUUCUAGGAAUUUCUAGGUUUUUAGAACCAGAGUUGCUAUGGUUGGGAAUUCCUAGGAAUUCCUAGGAAUUCCCAGUCCGAAUUUACCGUGAAAAUUCACACCUUUAUUCCUAGGAAUUCCUAGGAAUUCCUAGGAAUUCCUAGGAAUAAAUUCCUAGGAAUUCCUAGGAUUUUCCUAGGAAUUCCUAGGAAUUCCAAAAGCCAUUUCGCAAGGGAUAUUGGGUUAUCAUAAUGAGUUACCAUGUCAACUUCACACACCAUCGUAUAUUGACUGAAUGCUCUCUAUUAAUCAAAGUUUUCAUAGCAUGUCUAAUGUUUAAUAAUGGAGUUUGUCUGUAAAGAUAAACCGUCCAAACUUUUACUUGGACGUCUUUGUUUGUUUAUAUGGUGUUGUAAAUUUUAAGAUUUAAAUUGCAAAUCCAAGUUAAAGUAUUCCUCUUUCUAAAACACUGGUUGAAAGCUAGGGUAUUGAUAUAAAUUGAAUGCUGAGUGGAAACAUCUGUCAUUUGAACUUUUCAAGCAACUGCUCAGGCACGAUAUUCACUCUGACAUAAAAAUUAGAAUCUUACAUGUUCUGUCUUCAAAAAUGUGUGUAUUGUCAGCACCUUUCAUCCCAUUACUAAUAAAUUUGUGCUAUCAAAUUAAAUUCUGUGACUAUGCUUCAUAUUCCUCUGUGCAUGUUGAUGAGUUGUAAGCACUGGAG